GAUUGUACAAAUAUUAGGCUAAGAUUCACGUGUUUUUAUAUAAAUCUACAAAGAAUGGAUUGAACGUUAUAAAUAUUACGCCGCGUCAUUUAUAUACUUCUCGCGUCAAAUGAAACAUCGGAAUGUGACAAAAGUAGGCUAAACGAAAAAUAAUUUUUUUAGGUUAUGAUCCAAUAAAUGGAUUCGUUUCUAAAUUAUUCCAGUAUGUAUCAAGAAAAUUUAUAAUAUAUUUUUCCAGAAUGUUCAUAGGGUUAAUAAACUCAUAUAAAAACAAUGGAUUUUGUAAUUGGGGGUUUAGCGGCAUGUGGAGCUUCGUUUUUUUCCAAUCCAUUAGAUGUAGUCAAGACUCGUAUGCAAUUACAGGGUGAAUUACAAGCUAGGGGCAAACAUCAAAUUUUUUAUAAAAACGUGUUUCACGCCUGCUAUACUAUAGCAAAAAAUGAAGGAAUAAGAGGACUGCAAAAAGGACUUGGCACAGCAUUGUUGAUGCAUUCUGUUAGGAACAGUACUAGAUUAGGAACGUAUCAGUGGUUGACAAAGAGAGGUUAUGUAACAGAUCGUAAUGGGAAAACUAUAUUUUAUAAAAGCUUUCUUGUUGGUGCUUUAUCAGGUGGCGCUGGCGCAUUCCUAGCAAGUCCUUUCUUCCUAAUCAAAACACAAAUUCAAUCACAAGCUGCUAAAAGUAUAUCAGUAGGUACUCAGCAUGGUCAUACGAGCGCUGUAGCCGCGUUUAAAACUAUAUAUAACAAAGAAGGAAUAUUUGGUUUGUGGAGGGGGGCAAAUGCAGUAGUUCUACGAGCUGUAAUAGGCUCAUCAUCACAACUAACAUCUUUUGCUAUAGUCAAAGACUUAUUGAAAGAACGCAACAUUGUGUUCGCUAAAAACCCUGUACUGACGUCAUUUGUUGCUAGUAUUGCAGGAGGUUUAGCCCAAUGCAUACUAAUGAAUCCGUUGGAUUUAGUUUCUGUUCGACUGUACAAUCAAGGCAUAGACAAACAUGGUAAAGGCCUCUUAUACAAUGGCAUUAUAGACGCUUUUAUAAAAAUUGGCAGAAAAGAAGGAAUCCUAGGAUUUUAUAAGGGUGUUACUGCUAGUUAUAUGAGAUUGGCCCCGCAUAGUGCUUUAUGUUUAGUCUUUUGGGAUAUUUUGAAAGAUUUGCAAGAAAAAUAUAUAGAUAGACGUACACCAGCAGUAAAAUUGAAAAGUGUGAAUAAGAAAUAUGAUAAAUGAAAUUUAUUUAUAUAUUUUUUUAAUACCGGGUAUUUUAUGCAUUUUUUUGUAACAAAUAUGUCUAUUUACAAGGUAAUUUAACUAAUAACUCGAAAAAAAAAAUCUUUUAGGUAAUAUUAAAACAAGUUUUUUAGGAUCCUAGACAUUAAUAACAAAUUUCAAAAUAAUAAAGUCUUUAACUUGAAAUAUAUUAAAUAUUUUGAAUAUUUUAUCAAAAACUGUGUGGAGUAUUAGAAUUAGGUCAAUUUUGAUUUCAUCUUUGAAUUUUCUCCAAAUAAUUUCACUUUACUUUUAAUUUAAUUGAUUAAACAUUUUUUAUUUAUAUUUUUACUGGAUAAUCAGCAGUAUUUAUUGAUGUUAUUUGUAAAUAAGUAUUAUUAAAUUAUUUGGCUAGUCACAAAUAUAAUUUUAUUAUUAAAAUGUAAA